AUGAUUAAAGAGUUGGUUACGAAAGGUCCAAAAAGAGAUAUGGAUGUUAAGGGCCCUGUGGAUAAAUUUGGAAGACAUUUUUCUAAUACCAUGUACACUAGAAUUCUAUCAAAUAGGGAGACGUGUGAUAGAGAAUGGCUAGUGUAUUCGAAAAAACUUGACAAACUCUUUUGUUUUUGUUGUAAAGUUUUUAGAACGGGGCAUCCGAAAGGUGGGUUGGAUGAUGAAGGUUAUAAGGAUUGGAGACAUGCUAGUGGUAGACUUAAAGAACAUGAAGUUGGUUUAGAACAUUUCAAGAAUAUGAAUGAAUGGUUUGAAUUGCGCCAAAGGUUGAAAUGCAAAGAAACAAUUGACAAAGUGGCAUAUGAGCAAUUUAAAAAAGAAAAAGAUUAUUGGAAACAAGUCAUUAUACGGAUUGUUGCGCUUGUGAAAUUUCUUGCAAAAUAUGGCUUAGCGUUUCGUGGGAUAACUGAGAAGUUGUAUCAAAAAGGCAACGGAAACUUUUUGGGUUUGGUUGAGAUGUUGGAAGAGUUUGACCCGAUUAUAAAAGAACAUGUGCGUCGUGUUUUAAAUGAAGAGUGGGAUAAAGUUAGAACCGAAAUCAUCAAGAAGGUUAAGCAAGCAAAGUAUUACUCCAUCAUUCUCGAUUGCACGCCUGAUACAAGUCACCAAGAGCAAAUGUACAUAAUUGUGAGGUGGCAAAUUUUGAAAGACAAUGCUAAAGGAUUAACUCUUAAAUCAUUGUCUACAACUCGUUGGGAAAGUCGUAUAGAUAGUAUUAAGCCUAUAAAAAAUCAACUUGGAGAUGUAAGAAAAGCUUUGCGAGAAGUUAGGGAGACGGAUAGAGAUGCUAAAAUCAUAAGUGAAGCUAAAUCAUUAGAAGAGUAUGAACUUGGUGAUUUUGAAUUUUUGGCACAAAUUGUCAUUUGGUUUGAAUUAUUAUCAAAGGUCAAUGUGGUGAGCAAACGGUUGCAAUCAAAAGAUGUUGUUCUUGAUGUUGCUAUUGAUGAAGUGGACAAAUUAAUUAAAUUCUUUAAGAAUUAUAGAGAAGUGGGGUUCUCUAAGGCGCUUGAUGAAGCUAGAGAAAUUGCAAAUGAAAUAGGUGUUAAUUGGGAAUUCCGUAAAAAACGUGUGAUAUAUAGGAAAAAACAAUUUGAUGAAUCAUCAAGUGUAGAAGAAGUAACAUUUUCACCCGAGGAGGAUUUUCGAGUAAAUUAUUUUUUAUGUAUUGUUGAUCAAGCUAUUUUUUCACUUGAAACAAGAUUUGAACAAUACCAAAAAUUUGAAAAAAUAUUUGGGUUUCUGUUUCCAAAAAAGUUGAAGACUCUAAAUGAAGCCAAGCUUAAGGAGUGUUGUUAUCGCCUUCAAGAUGCAUUGAAGUAUGAAGGAGAGUCCGAUAUUGAUGCUAAAGAAUUGUAUACGGAGUUGAACUUGAUUAUUACAUUUUUACCGAGACACAUUGACAACCCUUUUGAUGUUUUAGACUAUAUCUUCCAACGCAAUACUACUUAUCCUAAUGCUAUAAAUGCAUAUAAAGUGUUGUUGACAAUUCCGGUAACCGUGGCAUCGGCAGAAAGAAGUUUCUCAAAGUUGAAGUUGUUGAAGACCUAUUUACGUUCUACAAUGUCACAAGAAAGGCUAAAUGGGUUGGCGAUAAUUUCUAUUGAAAGUGAAAUAUUAGAUACUAUAGAUUACAAGGAGUUGAUCGAGAGCUUUGCUUCAAAAAACGCUAGAAGAACCACACUUUUCGGUUAG